AUGGGAGGCACCAGGCCGCCCUUGCAAAACGCGAAGAAGCUUGUGAUCCAGCAGACGGCCUCCAUCAGUGCGCUCACGCGCCGCAGCCAGUGGUCCCUUGCACUCCGUCGCUUUGGAGCCGCUUUUGGCGAAGGAGGUCUGGUCAUGGAUGCGCCUGCUCUUGGUACUGGUCUCACUGCUUGCGCCAAAGGGGCGCAGUGGGCGCAGGCCUUACAUCUCUACACGACCUCCGCGGUGGCAAAUGCGGCUUGCUUCGGAGCCCUUCUCAAUGCUUUCGCGGCGGCCGCGCGGUGGCGCGAGGCCCUCGCAUCUCUCGCAGCCGCGAAGGAGCCUGACAUUGUGGCGUUCAACGUGUCCAUCAACGCCUGCACCCGAGCUGCUGCGUGGCCCGGUGCUCUGGCGCUGUUCGCCGAAGUGGAGGCCCGCAGCUUGCCGGCCACGAGCGUCACCUUCAACUCCACGGCGACCGCCUGCUUGCGAGGGAGUCUUUGGAGCGUGGCCAUGGACCUCGCGCGCCGCGGCGAGGAAGCAGAGGAGGGAGGAACCAGCCUCGCGACGCUGGGAGCAUCACUGGCCUCGUGUGAGCGGGCCAAUCGAUGGGACCAGGCCAUGUGGUUGCUCUACAAGGCCCAGUCCGCCGGCGGCUGGGAUGUUGCAGCCGGCGGGUCGGCCGUGGCCAGCUGCGGUGCAUUGCAGUGGGCGCAGGCCCUGUCACUCUUUGAGACCUUCAGCAACCUUGGUUUGGUGGACCAUGUCACCCGCACCAGUGCGGUAACUGUAUGCCGCCGAGCCUGGCAGUGGCGCGCCGCUGCGGCCUUGGUGACCACCACAGACCCAGCAACGGCGGCCCUUGGUGUGGAAGUUUGCGAGGCAGCCAUGGCUCCCGGCUGCCGGCAGAGGCUCCAGCACGGUCUCUUCAAUGCUCUGGCCGACAUCGCCAAGGACCCAGGUGCCAUCCGCUAUGGCGAGCUGGUGCCAGCCUCCGGUGUCUUAUCACUGGGUUCGAUCUUGGGGGACCAGCGCUUGCUGGACCGCCGCAUCUACGCAGUGGUGGAGAGUGCUCUGCGCAAGCCAGGCACGGAGACUGCGAAGCACCGGAGCCUGCUGGCAGAGGACGAGCUCCGUGCCCUCCGUGAGGAGCGCACCGCCAAGGAUGCAACCAUUGACUUUCUCAAGACCAAGAUCGCCACCCUACAGAACCGGCUCGCCGUGGAGUCGCUCCAGUGCGGAGGGGAUGGCGAGGAGAUCCAGCAAAGACUGGAGACGGAGAGACGCCGCAACGAGGAGAUGUCCCGGGAGCUGCAACACGCAGCACUGGAGAUCGACGACUUGCGGGCGGAACUCAAGGAGGCCCGGGCAGAGGUGGCCUCGCUGCAGGCAGAGGUGGAGAAACCCCUUCUGCGUUCUGGCAACAGCGAGAACCACAACGGUGUGUUGAAGGAACACAACGUCCUCAUUGCCAGCGUGGAGGAGCUGGAGCGCGAACUGGCGCAGGACACAACCAAGGCUGCCGAGGAGAUCCCGGCACGCCCCAGUCUAGCGGCCCUUGCCGUCGUGUUUGAUGGUAGCACGGUCGUCAAGUCCACAGCACAACCGAGUCCAGAACGCUCGGGUCUGCUUUACGGGUUCCCGCGGCCCAUGGAGCACAACCCAGAGGCCCUCAAGCCACAGCAAGCCCCGACCAGGCUGCGCAGUGGUGACGGCGAGUCAUUAGCCUGGAGACCCCGGUUUCGAGAAACCUGGCAGAACCGCGUCCCGAAGGCGGAACGACAGGAAUCCCUGCAGGAGCACUUCCGGUCUGUGCAGCGACGUAAGGCGACCACAGCCACCUGGCGCCGGAUUGAUCCGGAGCCAUUUUGCCUUGCUUUGGAGCUGGUCGUCGAGGACUUGAACCCUGGUGCCCCGGAGGAGAAAGUCUCGGCCAAAUGCCACAAGCUGUUGAGGAAGCUGGCGCGGGGAAUGCGGAUCGGCUGGGAAUGGCAGCUCCUGAACGUGACGGAGGACCUGGACCCCGCGACCUUGCGGGACAUGGACUUCGAGGCUGUAGUCCGCCGUCUGCAGACCCUGGGCCCACAGAAGCAGGCGGCGUAUGGCCUGAUUAAAGUCGGUGACCGACAUGGUGCCACCACCAUCCAGAGGCAUGAUCGGAUGCCUCAAGCCGAUUCUGCCAUUCCUUCAGCAGAGGAGUAUGCCGCGGCAGUUGCCUCACAAGCGGCGACGGUCUGGCACCGCAAGGCGAUGGCCAUGGCCCUCGAAGCCCUGAAGAAAGCUCAAGUGGAGAAGCUUCUGGACAUCGGAGCCAGCUUUAGCCCGUUUCGGGAAGCGUUUCCCGAAGUCGUGGCGGUGGACCCCAUCCCCGGCCACGCCAGUGUCCUGGAAGGCGACUUCCUGGAGGUGGAGAUCCGAGACGACAUCCAUGAUGUGGAGAUGUGUCCAGACCAUCCGCAGAAGUUGCGCGCAGUGCCGGCGCAGCACUUCGACGCGGCGCUUCUCUCCCUGGUGCUGCGAGCACUCCGUAGCAAGGCCCAACGCCGGUCUAUGCUCCAGCGCGCCGCGCGGAGCGUUCGGCCUGGUGGCCUCGUGGUUGUGGUGGAGCGAACUCCGUUGGAGUUCAUGACCAAUGCCCCCUUCGAGGACGAGUUUUGGACAAAGAUCCGGCUACGUUCUCAACGGCCUUUGAGGAGCUUGCGGGGCACACAGGUGUAUUUGCUGGACCGACUCCCGGACCUGCCGGCUAGUGGCGAGGGCCAAGAUGCAGGAGGAGAAAAAGUGCCCUCGGUGCCCUUGACGCUCGCGGCCGAAAGUGAUGAAGGCACCCAGCCGCGUGAGUUCCUGGCUCCCACCGGAGUCUCCAUGGAGGAGGACGUGGAGAAAGAGGUGGAGGAGGAGGCCGAGGUCCGUGCUGCAAGCCCAGCUGAGGAGGUGCCAAGUGAGGAAGCCCCACUGGAGGCAGCAUUCAGCAAGGCCGACGAAGUGGAGGUGGAGGAGGACUCACCGCCAGAGGCGGGGGAGGUGCACGUCUCCGCAUCAGGAGCUUUGCUGAAUUUCUUCGACACCUCGGAGGACGCCGCCGCCCUGGAAGCGAAGCGCCAGCGCGUGGCGCGGCAGAUCGAGCGCAGGCGGCAGGCCAGGCGCCAGCCGAACGCAACGCGGAAGUCUGAGGAG